CUGCUGCUGCUGCUGCUGUUGUUGUUGUAGUAGUGGCCUCUGUUCAGUGUUUGUGUUUACAUUUUACUAGCAGUUUUGCAGAAACCGACGAUUAAUUGUGAUGUCGUGUCAGUUUAAAGCUUAUGCCAAGGUUGACGUCGAAGAACUCAAGAAUACUCUGAUCAGCUCCUCUGUGAGCGGUGGAUCCAGUGAAGCCUAUGAUGAUUCUAGUGGUUCAAAAUUAUCAGCAAGUCAUUCCGCAGAAUUAUCAUGUUUAAAUACUUCUUGUGUGUCACUGUCGCCUAGUGGUGAAUUUUUGGUGUUUGGCCAACAGAAAACUCUUAGUAUCUUGUCAGCUAAAUGGGACUCACAUGAGGAAGAAGAGGUCAAAACCAAAUUUAAAACUACCUGGACGGGUAAUCCUUGUCAUAAUGACAGAGAGGAAAUUACUGCAGUCCUUGUCUUACCUCUCAUCAUGCCUAAUAAAUCUUCCCGGUCUGCUCAUACCACAGAGCAGACAGAUUGGACUUGUAUUGUUGUUGGUUACAAUACAGGUCAUCUGAGAUUCUAUGAUGAGGGUGGAGAUUUAUUACUAUCUGAACAAAUACAUGAUGAACCUGUGCGUUAUAUCAAGUGCCAGAGCUACCACCCCUCCAAGAACUCAAGUUAUGAUGAUUAUGCUGAGGAACUUUAUGUUACCUUCUGUUCCAGCGUUGCUAUCAUUCCUGGGUUUGCGUUGUUUCAGACAUUACGUGCAUGUCGAAACCACCUUGCAAGAGUGAAAGCCAAUUUCUCAGAACACAUUUCUCCACCACCUUUGACCUUGAAAAAAUGGGCUUUUGUAGAUCAUGAAAGUGUGAGCGAUUGUGAAGUGAUUGGCCCUUCCUCAUCUGACAUGUUUGACCAUUUAAUGACAGCGUCUAUGUGUGGAGGCUUUAAUACUUGCUACAGGUCUGGUGCGCCCAAAUCAACUGUAGUGGUUGCUGCUGGUAAGGGACCAUUUAUUGGUUUUCAUCAUGCCUUGGAAGGUAUAGAGGGUAGAUCAGUUUUGACUGAUGUUGCUCAAGUAGUAAAAAGUAAAUUUAAGGGCUUCUUCGGUGGUAGUUCAAAAGACUCACAAAAGAGCACAGCUGUUAUUGAACCACCUGAGAAUUUGGCAUGCAGGUUUAGCCUAUUUGACCCAAACCGUGAAGCAGAUCAUAUUGUUCGGUCCCCAAAUCGAGAGUAUUCUGUUGUGUCUGAUGGAUUGGGAAGACUGACUCUAAUUAAUAACCUUAGAGGUAUUGCUGUGCGAAUGUGGAAGGGUUAUCGAAGGGCUCAGUGUGGCUGGCUUCAAGUUGAAGAAGAGGAGCCGUCUCAGAAAGGAAAUCCAAAGCAUCUUCUACGGACUGUAUUAUUUCUUGUAAUCUAUGAUCCCAAAAAAGGAAUGCUUGAAGUUUGGACUGUUCCUAAUGGUGUUCGUGUUGCAGCUUUUUCUUGCAGUAAAAAGGGCAGACUGCUCUAUACUAGUCAUGGCCUCGUCGGAUUGAAUAAUGCUGCAGUGAAAUGGGCAAACAAAAGUCUAUUACCAUGUGCAUUCAUUGAUCCUAAUGGCACUGUUUUUCAAAUUAUUGUCCCUUUCCAUUGUGCCCUAAGUGAUUCUACAAGUGAUAGAGCUGCUGACCUUGCUCUCCUUCGCAAGCUGAAAUCCAUUUUAAGGGAAAAUGAUCUGGAUGAUGAACAGCUUGCUCAGGAAGUUGGUUUGUCAGCUGCAGAGCUGAAAACUGAAGAAGUUCGAAAACAGAUGCUAACAAUGUUAACUUUACACAAACAUAUCACCAUUGAUGCUCUAGAAGCUGCUCUUGCUGUUUUUACAGACAGAGCUAUGAGUGAAGAUUCCAAAAGACAGAUGCUCUUACUUUCCUGUCAACAACUCCGAAAUUUGCUUGGAUUUUACAAGUUUGUUCAGCAACAGAAGGAUAGGCCUCCAAACUAUGCAUCAGUUGUACCUCAGGAGGGAAUUUCAGAUUUGCAAGCAGCAUGUGAUGUUCUUUCUGUAUCUGAGCGAGAAUUAACAGCUCUAAGGUCCCUGAUGUCUCUUUUGGGAGUGGCUCCGAGUUCUCAAAAUACUCCACGGAGGGAAGCUCGAGUUACUUUUCAUGAAGGAACAUCGCCUGGAACAUCAUUGGUUGAUUAUUUGGCUUGCUUUGAAAUUGGGAAAACAUCUCAAGGUAACAUUGCACCCAAUACUGUUGCCAUUAAAAAGAUGCAGUCUUCCAAACUGAAAAUUCUUGCUGAACUGCUAUUCCAGGGUAUCUUGUACAGUGAUGUUCCAGUUGAGGUAUGGCAAGCAGAGGCUGCUUGCAGCGGUAUUUUACCCUUCAACCUGCUUGAUUUAGCAAUAAACUUUUGGCUCUCUAGAAAUGCUGGAAAAGCUUUGGAGAUUGAAAUGAUACGUUUUUCAGAAAUUGUUAAGGCCAUAUGUUUACUUGAAGAAGUGAACUCCUAUGACCUCUCUUCAUUUUGGUCUCCAGUUCGAGGAAUACUUGCUUCAUCUGCUCAACCCUUUAAUGCUUUGACAGCAGCCCUAGUAUGUAGGGCUGUUGCUUGUUCUAUGGAGAAGCGUGGCUUUAAAAAGAGUUCCAAAUCACCAAAGAAAAACCAAGCCAUUUCAAAGACAAAGGACUUAGAGGAAAGUUGUAGUAGUAACAGUAAUGGUAGUGAUAUGCCUAAGGAGUCAAACUCUGUUACAAGUGAAGAUCUAGUUAAUGCUGAAGCUCGGAAAAGUUCUGCGGAGUGGGAAGAUGUAUCAUGGGAUUCUGUUAAGUGGAAUUUACUGAUUGGGCGUCUUGAAGAUAUUGCCUUACUAGAUCAAGUACUGAGCCAAAAUCCUGCUGAUUUAUGUGAUUUAUCUAUGAAGAACCAUCUUCCCUGUUUGCCUUAUGUAAAACCUACCAUAUCACUCUCUACAGUUCUAGAAAAAGGAAAAGGAGCUGUCUCAGAGCAUGUUGCUAAAUGGAUUACAACAUGUGGUGCUGAUCCAAAAACUCUUAUUGAAAGCUCUGAUAUUGAGUGGACAGAAAAAGAUGCUGGUGUAUUUAACAAUCCCGAACCAAUGGAUGUUGAUGAACCAGGCCCUGAAGAUAAAUCAGAAGUAAUGAUUCGAGAAGGCAUUCCUGUCAUGCCAGAGAGAGGAAUGGAAGCCAGUUCGUUGUCAACUUCCCAUGCACAAAUACUUGACAAGAUACAUAUGUUGAGAUUGCAUUUCCCUUACAGUCUUUGUGGUAGUGUCUUAGUUUCAAAUAUCACCUGGGAAUAUCUGUUGGAAUGGCAUAAAGCACCUGAAUAUAUUGAUAUUUUAAAUGCAGCCAUUACUUGCCUUCAAAUUGUUCCCAACAUUCAUAUAAGACAAGGCUUGUGCUCUUUGAUGUGGUCCUCUCAUCUCAAACAACGAUUUGAAACAGCAACAAGGAUUGUGAAUGAAUCGAAUGGAAACCCAAAGGAAAAACUCUGUCGUAGAGAGCUUCAAAUGUCUGAUGGUCAACUAGUUGAAUUCGUUGAAACAUGCAUUAAAUUCAUUGAAUUGUACAUUGAGGCAAUUAACUUAAGUGAAGUGAUGAACCAUCCAGGACCUAAGGCUGUUGUUAAUCGUUCUGAAGAUAUUUGGGAUUAUGAUGAACUAGUUUUAGGAACAAGCACUCCCUCUUUGACUUGUUUGGCUCUAACACAGCAACAAACAUCAUUCGAACACCUUCACCUUCUACAUCAACUUGCUGUGUCCAUGCACAUGAUUUUAGCUCUAAAUUUGCGGGGACAACAGUUGACACCUAUUUUCAAGCCCACGGAAUGGGCUGAAUUUUUUUCUGAGAGCUCUGGUGCUGCUUCAGUGCAACAUGAAUAUGUGGAUCCACAACUCUCAAAAAAGAGGACACAGUUUCUUAUUCGAGCUGUUAGUGGUGCAAUGCAAAGUGUUAUAUCAUCAGAUCCCUCCCAUGUGACUGACUUGAGUGGAGGAUUAAGUGCUGAUAUGAGUACUGCCAUGCUGUGGUUUGGGAAGUGCAAUUCUUUGGCUUACACAUGGGAUAUUAGUAUUGAUCCUAUCCGUAGACACCAUGUGUGUCUUUUGUAUUCCUCUGGACACGAUCGCCUGGCUGAAGAGAUUUUGCCGGCUGUCAAUGAUUUAGGGGAGUUGGCAAGUCAACUCCUCAUGAUUUGUGGUCAACGUCUUAGAGUUUCGUUUAAGCACUCCACAGAUCUUAUGGAAAAAAUUUCCAAUUUAGACCCAUAUUUAACAGAUUGGUUGCAUGAUCUGAACACAAUUGAUGUCAGGGAGGUCCCACUGUCAGACACAGCUCUGCUUGCGACCCAUGUUGUACAACAUCUUCCGGAGAAUCAUCCUGAAUAUGAUCUUGCAGCAGAUCUGUUUGAUGCCUUGCAAGCUCUCCAAUGCAUGUAAGUGUAAAGAAGAAAAUGCAAUGGAUAUUGAAAAUAUGUAAGUUCAAAAUGGACUUCUUACAAUGUUGCUAUUUCAAUUGCAUAAAAGGGACCACCACAAUUUCCGUACAAGAAUCAAUAAAAAAAAUUAAUGUGCAUGGCUACAUUCUAUAAACCAGUUUUGUUCUCCAUGUUUAAAACUUUGAUUUGUUUCUUAUUGGUUGGUGAUUGAAACUUUCUCUUGAGAAAUUGAUCUGUAGUUCUGAUUUAGAAGUUUAAGUCUUCUAUAUUUAUUAUUUAUUUUUUGCGUUGGGCUUUCAAUAACGCUGAUGUAAUGGACUAUUUUGUUUUUUAACCAUGAUUUUUGGAUAGGUUGCUUAUGUUGUAAAAAUGGAAGAACGAUUUUGGUCUUGUUGUUGAGACUUCUUCUGAACUGAAGAUCCUCAGCUUUUUACUUCUUGCAUGUGUGCGUAUGAAAGAAGGAAGUAGGUAGAUCUAGUGAUAUGAAAAUGUGAUAGAUUCAAAUAAACGUGUAGCUAUAA